AUGGAGGAGGGAAUCAAACUCUUUCUCAGUUUUCUCAUUAUUCUUCUUAUUCUCUUUGGAUUUGCGGCUUUCUUAUUUGCCGUCAUUUACGCUGUUUGUUGGCGGCGGCGAGUGCAGCAGCGGCGGGAGCUCCAGCGGCGGCAGGAGAUGUACGAAUUGGCCGAGCGGGAAAGAGCGGGAAGACUGCGGCAGUUCCUCCAACGCCUGCAGGCCCAGAAGGAAGAGGGAGAAGAAGAGGGAGAAGAGGAACAGGAAUUAUCUCUAUCUCCUUCUUCUCAACAGGGAAAAGGAGAAAAAGGAGAAGUGAUAAAAGAUAUGAUGGGGGAAACAGUGGAUGGGGUGGAGAUGAAAUGUACACCAAAGUUAGAGGGAUUGAAGGCAGAGCCUAUUCAU